GCUCUAUUGUCCAUUUUGUUAAUAAAAAUAUUUCAAUUUUUAUUUAAAAAAGAGUUUUGGAUAUAAAUUAAAAACUACCAAUUUUAAGGAUUUGGAAUUUACGCUAGAUAUUGCAAAGAUGAAGAAGGAGGAUGCAGAGUCUUCUAAAAGCUGCUCUUCUGACGAUUCUAUUGUCCAGCAGAAGAAAAAAAUCCAAGAGAGGGAUGGCUGGAAAGGGCGACUGGACUUUAUUAUGACAUGCAUUGGGUAUGCCGUGGGAUUGGGAAAUAUUUGGAGAUUUCCUUACCUUUGUUACAAAAGCGGUGGUGGUGCUUUCUUCAUUCCCUAUGUGAUGUUUCUAGUCCUUUGCGGGGUACCUCUUUUCUUUCUGGAGGCGUCUUAUGGACAGUUCUCUAGUCUGAGUCCAAUUUCAGUAUGGAGAAUGUGCCCACUGUUCAAAGGUGUUGGAGUAGGAAUGGUUAUGGUGUCUGCAAUCGUGUGUAUUUACUAUAACGUGAUAGUAGCCUGGACGUUGUAUUUUCUGUACAUGUCUUUCCGGGCAGUUCUGCCUUGGAGUACGUGUGAUAAUGACUGGAAUACGAAAAAUUGCGUUGUAGGAAUAGGAAAUAUUCACAAUCCUACUCGGGGUAAUGUUUCAACCUUCUCCCUGGGAAAUUCUACAUACAAUGAUACAUCUAACACAAAUAGUACUUUCUUCAAUGGGACUGUGGCCGCAAUGGCGAACGCAGCGGCUCUUGUCGGCAAAAAGAUGUCAGCAAGCGAGGAGUUUUGGACACGGCACGUUCUAGAAAUUACUGAAGGAAUAAACAAUCCGGGUACCAUACGAUGGCAGCUGUUGAUUUGCUUGACUCUGGCGUGGGUCACCGUGUUUUUGUGCCUAUUUAAAGGUGUCAAAGUUUUAGGAAAGGUGAUGCAUUUUGCAGCCCCUUUUCCAUAUCUAGUCUUGCUAGUAUUAUUGAUCAGAGGAGUAACCCUGCCGGGUGCAGUGAACGGCAUUAAAUUCUACAUUUUACCGAAGUGGGAGAGGCUGGCUGACUACCAGGUGUGGGGAGAUGCUGCGCUACAGAUAUUCUACUCAGUGGGCAUGGCAUGGGGAGGAAUUAUUACUAUGGCCAGUUAUAACAGGUUCAGCAAUAAUAUUUACAGGGAUGCAAUGUUGGUGCCCAUAAUUAACUGCAGCACCAGCAUUUUUGCGGGUUUUGUGAUUUUUUCCAUUUUGGGAUUCAUGGCAGAGUCCGCCAAUACAACAGUUGAAAAUGUUGUCAGUCAAGGACCUGGAUUAACAUUUGUGGCAUAUCCAGAAGCUGUUGCCAACCUCCCCAUUUCACCUAUGUGGGCAGUUCUAUUUUUUCUGAUGUUAUUCACCAUUGGUUUGGACAGCCAGUUUGGUAUGGUUGAAACUUGCAUAUCAGCAUUUUUGGACGAAUACCCACAUUUAUUGCGAAAGAAGAGAACACUGAUUUGUUUCUUAGCCUGUCUCUUUGAAUUUCUGUUGGGUCUUCCUUGCAUUACACAGGGUGGAAUUUACGUUCUGCAGAUAAUGGAUUGGUACUGUGCUAGCUUCUCGUUAAUGCUUAUCUCCCUAACAGAAUGUCUGGCUAUUGCAUGGAUAUAUGGCACAGAGCGAUUUUACAAAGACAUUGAAUUAAUGCUUGGGUACAAACCUCAUGCCAUUUGGCAUAUAAUGUGGCGAUAUAUUACACCAACUAUAAUCUUGGGCAUUUGGUUAUUCAGCGUCAUCACUCUAGGACCUGUUACAUACGAUGGGAGAGCAUAUCCCGAGUGGGCCAUAGUUUUUGGAUGGUGUCUUGGUGUGGCAUCAAUGCUUCCGAUUCCAAUUAUUGCUAUCACGUCUUUUAUAUGUUCAGAAGGAACACUUUGUGAGAGGUGGAACAAGUUGACAACCCCUCUAGAAAGUUGGGGGCCCAGUCAGCCAGAAGAUAGAGAGAGAUACCACGCCUCGUUAUCACAUUCAAAAAGCGGUACAUUUAUGGAGAUAAUUGACUCCGUUCAAAAAGCAGAGGAGGAAAAUGCCUCAACACCAUUCAUUGACAAAGUGAAAAUGUCCAGUUGACUUUAAAUUUUAUUUUUGGAAAAAAAAAUUUUGAAGAGAAAAGGGAAAAAACUCAAAGAAAACACAAAAAUCUGUCCUUUUCCUGGCAUGAUUUUCUGGAGUUGCAUGUGAAUAUAUAAAUAUAUAUUUUAAGCACAUUUUAUCUUCGGCGAUAUUCCUCCAAAGGAUUAUUUUCUUGAAACGCAUCAGAAUCAUGCAAAGAAAAUCCAAACAAAGAAGUUGUCAAUAAUGACCCAGUGUUAGACUUUACGUCUACUUUAGUUACUAUU